ACAGAGACAGCAGAGGGAUGGUGGGGGCACAGUUACCCUGCAGCUGCACAGCAUCAACGAGACUCUCCUAAAACUGUCACACACGUGUGCUCUCAUCUCAGUUCAAACUGACUGAACCGCUCCGACUCCGUGUUUUUUUUUGUUUUACUUCACAGUGGAAUGGGGGCAGAUUCUCCACGCCGCCAUUUUUAAGGAACUGCCUAUCGAAUACAGAAACUUUUGCUAGCUAGUGCUGAACGCUAGCUGCUAGCCAGGUGGCCAGUAGCCCGUCUGCUCCCUUGCUAGUCCGUUGUGACAGUUCAGGCUUGACAGCCAUUAGCCCGCGUAUCUGGUCGCACGUUAAUUAUCUGUGGCCACUGGGGCAAUAUUGGCAACAGAAACGGUUAUUGCUAAACUGGACAAUUCAGUCAUACUAGGAGUCAGUGGUCGGCUGUACAGAAUACGGCAGUUGUGCUUUGAGAUUAGCGAAUUAGCACUGCUACUUGUUAGCCAGCGAAAACGCAGUACUUUAACUCUGGAACUGCAUAGCAUCAUCUGUGAUUUAGCGUGAGUCGCUUUUAAAGCUCCGCCGUGCCCCGGUCGACUGGAUUUGUCUGCCACUAUAACGCCUCACCCCUCAACCCUAUGUGGAUUCGUUUUGACGAGGUGCCCAUGUGCUGAUUCAACAGGGCCCACCAUCACUGCAGAUGAAUCUUCAGCUGCCUUGGUGUAGCUCAGCACCCAGAUAGUCCCAUCCCCUCUGAGUGGGUGAGAAGGGACUAUAUCAUCCAGGAUGCCUUCCUCUGUAAGGGCAGGGAGCCUGAAGGAUCCGGAUGUGGCUGAGCUUUUCUUCAAAGAAGACCCAGAAAAGCUUUUCUCAGACCUCCGGGAGAUCGGCCAUGGAAGCUUUGGCGCCGUCUACUUUGCACGGGAUAUACGCACAAAUGAAGUGGUGGCAAUUAAGAAGAUGUCCUACAGUGGUAAACAGUCAAAUGAGAAAUGGCAGGACAUAAUAAAGGAGGUGAAGUUUCUGCAGAGGAUCCGGCAUCCUAACAGUAUAGAAUACAAAGGCUGUUACCUACGUGAGCACACGGCAUGGCUGGCCAUGGAGUACUGUCUUGGCUCAGCCUCUGAUCUCUUAGAAGUUCAUAAAAAGCCUUUACAAGAAGUAGAGAUUGCUGCCAUUACACAUGGUGCUCUGCAGGGGCUGGCCUACCUUCAUUCCCACAAUAUGAUUCACAGGGAUGUGAAGGCAGGCAACGUCUUACUAACUGAGCCAGGGCAGGUCAAACUGGCAGACUUUGGCUCUGCCUCCAUUGCCUCACCUGCCAACUCCUUCGUGGGAACACCAUAUUGGAUGGCCCCGGAAGUGAUUCUUGCUAUGGACGAGGGCCAGUAUGAUGGGAAGGUGGACGUCUGGUCCUUAGGGAUAACCUGUAUAGAAUUAGCGGAGAGGAAACCUCCCUUGUUUAACAUGAAUGCAAUGAGUGCCUUAUACCACAUAGCACAGAAUGAGAGUCCCUCACUGCAAUCUAGUGAAUGGACGGAUUACUUUAGAAACUUUGUGGAUUCUUGCCUUCAGAAAAUCCCCCAGGACAGGCCACACUCAGAUGACAUGCUGGGUCAUGCAUUUCUGCAGCGUGAACGUCCAGACUCUGUGCUAAUGGAUCUUAUUCAGAGAACCAAGGAUGCAGUGCGAGAGCUGGAUAACCUGCAGUACCGCAAGAUGAAGAAGAUCCUCCUCCAGGAGGCUCACAAUGGACCAACAGCAGAGGCUCAGGACGGAGAUGAGGAGGUGGAGCCGGGCGGAGGACGGACAGGAACUGUCAAUAGUGUUGGCAGUAAUCAGUCCAUCCCCAGCAUGUCCAUUAGUGCCAGUUCUCAGAGCAGCUCCGUCAACAGUCUGAAUGAAGCGGCUCAGGACAGCCACAGUGAGCUGGACCUGAUGGAGGGAGACCACACAGUCAUGUCCAACAGCUCGGUCAUACACCUCAAACCGGAUGAAGAAGAAAGUUUCACUGGAGAGCAGGAAGCCACAAGUCAACCCUCUGAGCCCCAGCCAACACCAGCUCAGAUCCCGAGGAAGCACUGCCGCAACAGAGAGCAUUUUGCCACCAUACGCACAGCAUCACUUGUCACCCGAGAGAUGCAGGAACACGAGCAGGACUCUGAGCUGCGGGAGCAAAUGUCAGGAUACAAACGCAUGAGGCGGCAACACCAGAAGCACCUGAUGGCUCUGGAAAACAAGCUGAAAGGGGAGAUGGAUGAGCACCGCCUGAGACUGGACAAAGAGCUGGAGAGUCAGAGGAGCAACUUUACCCAGGAGAUGGAGAAGCUGCUCAAAAAACACCAGGCAGCGCUUGAGAAAGAUCUGAAGACAUUUACCAAUGAUGAGAAGAAGUUCCAGCAGCACAUUCAGGUGCAGCAGAAGAAAGAGCUCAGCAGCUUCCUGGAGUCGCAGAAGAGGGAAUAUAAACUACGCAAAGAGCAGCUCAAAGAGGAACUUAGUGAGAACCAGUCCACUCCAAAGAAAGAGAAGCAGGAAUGGCUGUCCAAGCAGAAAGAGAACAUCCAGCACUUUCAGGCAGAGGAGGAGGCCAACUUACUGAGGAGACAAAGGCAGUAUCUGGAGCUGGAGUGUCGGCGGUUCAAACGCAGGAUCCUCAUUGCCAGGCACAAUGUGGAGCAGGAUCUGGCCAGAGAGGAGCUCAACAAACGGCAGACACAGAAAGACCUGGAGCAUGCCAUGUUACUCAGGCACCACGAGUCAAUGCAGGAGCUUGAGUUCAGGCACCUGGGGACGAUCCAGAAGGCACGGGCAGAGCUGAUCCGCACCCAGCACCAGACAGAACUCACCAACCAGCUGGAGUACAAUAAGAGAAGGGAGAGGGAGCUGAGGCGCAAGCAUGUCAUGGAGGUCCGACAACAGCCCAAGAGCCUCAAGUCUAAGGAACUUCAAAUUAAGAAGCAGUUCCAGGAGACGUGUAAGACUCAGACCAGGCAGUACAAGGCCCUCAGGAACCAUCUGCUAGAGACCACGCCCAAGUCUGACCACAAGGCGGUGCUGAAGAGGCUGAAAGAGGAGCAGACAAGGAAGCUGGCCAUCCUGGCCGAGCAGUAUGACCAUUCCAUCAAUGAAAUGCUCUCCACACAGGCUCUGCGGUUAGACGAAGCUCAAGAGGGCGAGUGUCAGGUGCUGAGGAUGCAGCUGCAGCAGGAGCUGGAGCUGCUCAACGCGUACCAGAGCAAGAUCAAGAUGCAAACCGAUGCUCAGCACGAAAAGGAGAGAAGGGAGCUGGAGCAGAGGGUGUCUCUGCGGAGAGCUCUGCUGGAGCAGAAAAUUGAGGAGGAAAUGCUUUCCCUACAGAACGAACGUUUAGAGCGAAUCCGCUCGCUGCUGGAGCGUCAGGCCCGAGAGAUCGAGGCUUUUGACUCAGAGUCCAUGCGUCUGGGCUUCAGCAACAUGGUGCUCACUAACCUGGCCCCCGAUUCCCAGGGAGGCUGGGGGGGUGGAGGUGGAGGGGGCCAGGGGGCUCAGGGGGGAGGGCACUGGCCUGGAGGAGGGGGCCACCAUAGUCAUCACCACCAGGGUGGCUCCAGCUCACAGCAGCCUUGGGGUCACCCAAUGCUGGCUGGGGGUCCUCCGCCAUGGAGCCUCCACCAUCCUGGAGGAGGAAGUCAGAGGGGGAGUGGGGGCAGCGUGGGAGGGGUGAGAAACAGCCCACAGGCUAUGAGGAGGACGUCAUCGGGGGGAAGGAAUGAACAGGGCAUGAGCAGGAGCGCCAGCAUCACCUCUCAGAUCUCCAAUGGAUCCCAUCUGUCCUACACCUAGAACAAUCUCAAACAAAAACACAGUAGUUGUCUUAGGGCAGGGUAAAUACUUAACAUGUCCCGCAUCUGUGGAAGAGCCACUCAGCAUUUCCGCAUGUGCGUACAUGCCCAGGGUUCCAUUCAUGCUAAAACGGGGAUCCGCAUCAGUCUAGCGUAUUGCGCAUGCGUACUCGAUCUCACAUUCCAUUCUAGUAGCGAAUAUUUCCUCACCGGGGUGGGGGUUCGCCCUCCUUUUGUAUGUUCUGUGAGUGCUGAGUUACACAUGUGUGGGUACCAGCCUGUCCUCAUACAACCUCUCGCAAGUUUCCAUGUUACCGUCUCUUCUGACCUAAAUAAGAGCAUGCCGCCAACUGGACAGGGAAAGUCUUUUGUCACAGGGAGCACACACGGUACGAUCAGCUCAGACUCUUAAACAGAGGUGGGCUAACGCUCGGCCACGUAGGCUCUGUGCGGACCAACGCAGUAAUGGUCACGUGACUAAGUGUAUAUCAUGCGUACCUUUUGCGGAAUGCAGCGAGUACGCCCGCCCCUUCACAUAGAAAAACACUGUACGGAGAGGCCAUGCAUACACAGUUCAGAGUCUGGUUUCAUCUCAGCCCCGUUCCUCUCUCAUGACCAGUGUUCUGCCGACAGCAGUCUGUGUAAACCCAACAGUCUUUACACCAAUCUAAGAUGGCUAAAGGCCAUAUACAGUGCAAUAGUGUUUCACCGUGAUAUAGAGUGUUAUUUUAUGUUUAUAUUUGCUAUGUCGGUCUCUGUUGCCAUAGAUUCAAAGAUUGUAUUAAUUUUAAAUACCAUGGAGUUUUAUUAUCAGGAGUUGUGUGUUAUAUAUAUAUAUAUAUAUAUAUAUAUAUAUAUAUGCAGACACGUGGUUGCAUAUGAAGGUUGCAUUAGGGGAAACCCAUGCGCUCGGUGUGUGCAAUUCUUUUAAAAGCAUUUAAAUAUUUGCCCUUUACAAAAUUCUUCCUCAGUCUAAGGAGUGAAGUGCAGGCAUUAAACUCGGACAAAGUUUAAUGAGAUUACUGUUUUUAUGCUGUUGCAGACAAAUGAGAAGUGAGGAGGCAAAGUAGGGAGCGUUAGGAAGAGAUGGUUUUAGAGCAUGUGUAGAAAGGAAGUGAAGAGCAAAGGUUGUUGUAAGUCCGUGCCUGUUGGUAUCUCUGACUUUAUAGAACUAGUACAACUACAACGGUUACUCGAUUAUUAGUCAAUUAUUAAAUUAAUCGGCUAUUUUGAUGCUUGGUAAAUCAGUUGGUGGUGAUUUUUUUUAACGAUUAAAACAAGCUCUUUUGAUUUUUCAGCUUCUUAAAUGUGAGUAUUUUCAGGGUUUUUUGCUCCAUAUAACAAAGAAAUCAUUCACUGAAAUCUACGGCAUAAUCGAUGAUAAAAAGUUAUCAGUGCCAUGCAGUUUUGUUGGAGUAUUUUAUGAACUACACGUGGUGCUGUAAAGAUGCCAUAUUGCAGAGUCAGAGUUGUCUUUCCAAAUAUUCAAUGCCAACAACAUUGUGUUUUGUUUUUUUUAUGAGAUUGUGUGAGUUCAGCUCAUACUGUGUGGUCAAGCAGAUGCAUCCAUAGCUGGACUGGAAGGAGGGAAGCAGAAUGUUGAGCUGUUGGGUUUCCACCGGCCUCUGCCCUUCACUCAUACCUGCCCAGUGGACAGUUGCUCUGGGGAUUACUGAAAAACUUAAGUCCAUAAACCUAAUGAUGAGGGUCGUUUUUCAGCAGCACCUAACCUCUACUUGAAUGCUUUUGAACUGAGUGUUCACGCUUCACUCGUUUGUGGCAGUGUUUUAUGGGACACUAUGCAGCAAAACGACUUUCUCUGAUGCUUCACCACAGAGUGUCACGACUAGAUAUUAGAGAUGCACCGAAAAUUCGGCCACCGGAAAUCUCCCCGAUCAUUGAUGUAAGGAUAAAGCAGCGCGUAGAGAAAUGAUCCAGGCUGUGUUAGAUUUAUUCUUUGAAACAUGAAUGUGAAUCUAUACAAUUGCAAUGCCUUGGCUUUAAUGAGGUAAGUAUACACGCAGUCCCAGCCAUAACAACAAAAUUAGAUUAAAAGAAACAACAGUAUAGCAUUGGCAUAAUUUAUUCCUGUGUUUUCGGCCAAGUGUUAACUGAUUUUCGGUUUUGGCAAACAUUUUUCAUUUCGGUGCGUCCCUACUAGAUAUAGAUAUAUACUGGGUCAUUAAGGUGUGUUAGCAAAGUAAUAGCAGACUUGGCUAAGUUAGGUAAACGCACUCAAAAUUAAAAAUUCCGAUUAACGCUUUUUAGGGCAACUCCUUGAGUAAGGUCAAUCACAGCUGUCUAAAAAUGUGUUGUAAGGAAGGAAGCACUUUGAAUGAACACAGAGAAGCUAAAUUCUGAACCCUCAGUCUGGUUAGGUGACUGCUGAUUGACUCAGUGGGUUGGUGAUGCUGUGAUCUCCGCUGCCAUGUCCCUGCAACCUUCCCUGGACUGACUGACACCCCACUCUGUCUCACCCCUGGUGUCUUACCACCUCUCCCUCCGCUCCUCCUGAGCCUGGAGUGGUCUUCACCCCACCCCUCCCUGAUCUAAUUAAGAAAAGCUCUUCAAGUCAUAUGAGGUGGGGGGGGGGAAUAAAGUGUGUGUGUAUAUAUAUGUAUUAAAUCUAUAUAGAAAAAAGAAUUCUAGAGAAAAAGAAACGAUUAUAGAGGAAUGGAGAUAAAUGUCUGAAGUCUUAUUGUGAAAUGCAAAGAUUUAUGCAUUGUAUGAUAAUUUUUUUUCCGGAGGUGGAAUGUACAGGAAACAUGUUAAUAUUGUAUAUUUUGAAUUUGAAAAUAUGGAAAUCUAAUCGACAAAACAAAAGCCGGACUCAUUUUGUUGUGAUGCGGAUACAGUGACGUGAUGUUUUCACUGUCUGAGAGACUUGUUACACACACGUUCUGUUGUGCACGAUGACAACACAACUCUCCAUCAGCUAUCGUUGAAUUAGGAUGAUUUUGCGACAUGAAAUCUGGGUCAGUGUAGCCAUUGAUUUGGCUUGGGCGUCAACUCGUCGGGGGGGAAAGAUGGAGUUGUUCUUUGAAAUCUAUAAAAAUCUGCAUAAAGAAUAUUUAGUGCACUCCAAAACCAGAAAAUAGUUUUCAAGUUCUUGCAGAAGACUGUGAAAAUAUAUCCGUUUGAUAUCUACACAGAGUUACUCCUAGGUGUGUCGUGGGGUCCACUGAUCAUUUGGACGUUUUAUGUUAAAAUAAUGUAAUAUGCACACCGUCUUUUGGUCUGCGUCUACACAAAGCAUUUUCCCACUGCACUUAAGUAUUUGCCUUUUUCUUUACUCCCAGAAUAUACAACUGGAUCCUGUUGUUUUUUCAGGGCUCGGCUCUGAAUGCGUCAGGUGGUUGUGGCUUAAAUUGUCUCUUCAACCAGUACGUCGUCGUCGUACACCCAAAAACGUUUUUACCUUGUAGUCAUUUUUAUCUCUUCUAUUACCACAGAGUGUCAUUUUGUUCCCCCAACGAUGUCUGCAGAGGGCCAAAAAUGAGUGGCACAGUUUUUUUUUUUUAAGUCUCUUGUGUUUACUAGAACCGCAGAUUUUUUUUGUUUGUUUGUUUCGUUUGUGGCAGUUUGGGCAGAGUCUAGCUUUAGACUUUGGUCACUCUGAACUGGAUCAGUUGCACUGAUUGCACAAGUGAUUGACCAGAUUAAAGAGUCUACUGUGAUUCCCCCCGGUGUGCUGAGGGACGGCUGCCGUUGGCUGAGAGUGGGCAGGGUCAUGUCUCUGUACAGUUUGUUUAAGAUUAUUACUUUUAUCUCUCCUGUCAUUUGGUGAAUCUUGCUGUUUUAUUAUCAUCCCUGGUCCCUCAGACCUGUAUUAAAUUGUAUAGAUUGUGCAAAACGCUGAAUGUCACAUAGCAAGGCUAUUCCUUAAAAAUGACAAAGUGAUUUAAAAAUGUAUAAAGGAAAUUCAAAAACAAAGUUUAGGGGGUUAAUGUAAUAUUUUGUUUGUAAUUACUAUUUUUUGUUGGAAGAGGGCUACUGGAUUAAAAAAAAUCAUCUGUAAUAAAGUAAUUUUAAUAUUU